UUUAUUAAUUGGGUUGCACUAUAUGAUCGUGCCAUUCUUUCUCUAUACACCAGAAAAACCGUCGCAUUCUAUCAUUUUAUUUUUGGCUUCUCUGCUGGAAAGUGGAAUUAACCUAGGUUGCAAAACUUUGGUUGCAGGUUAGUCUCCCAAAGGAAAACUAACUCCAGAUAAGCAUUAAAGCAAUUACAUCCUACACAAGUAAAGAAUCAUGUUCCUUCUCUUCCAAGGAUCAACUCGUGGGGAAUCAAAUGUAUGAAAGUUUCACAAACAUUAACCUAACGCUUUAGUUUCCCACAUAUUACUUUCUGCUCCAACAGCAAAGGCUGAUACCCCAUUCAACUCACUCUAGAAGAAAAGAACAUAUCCUCUUGUAACUUACAUGACAACCAAACACCCUUUGAUAUUCCCACUUUUGCUCCUUUCUUACUGCAUAAUUCACGUCUUUUCUCCCUUCUCCUUCUCAAUUAGUGCAACCAAAUUCAUUUAAACAAUCAGAAGUCAAUAUUUUAUGUUCAGUCUUAAAAAAUGUGCGAGACAAAGAAUUUCUACUUAUGGGUUCUACAAUUCUUCGGCCUCUUGGGUCUCCUAGCCCUCGUUCUAUGGUUGGCCUUACGUCCAGAAUCUCCUGAGUAUACCAUUGUGGAUAUCACCAUCCCAAAGUCCGAUAUAGACAAUGGGGGUCAAAAUGGCUCUAUCUUAUACGUCCUUGAAAUUAAAAAUUCCAACAAAGACUCUAGUAUUUACUAUGAUGACACCAUUUUGAGAUUGUAUUAUGGGUCAGAUACUGUUGGGGAGAAAACCAUACCUUCUUUUCGUCAAGGAAGAGGUAAAACCCGUGAAGUGACUGAUUCUGUGGAUGUCAACCCACGAGUUUGGAAAGCUAUUCGCAAUUCCAUAUCCAAUGCAACUGCAGAACUGAAGGUGGCAUUACUAACUCGGCUUCGAUAUAGAACAUGGGGAGUGAAGAGUAAGCAUCAUGGAUUACACUUGCAAGGUAAAUUAUUGGUUGGUUCAGAUGGUAAGAUUUUUGGUAAGAAGAAGAAAAUUAAGCUACGCCGUGCUUCCAAGAAAUGGAGGAGUACCAGACAACGAUUGUUAUACUAGAUGUUGCAAAUUUACAAUAUAGCUGCCUAAAUUUCAUGGUCUUGUUUAUAAUAUACUGAUUAUUGUCCCUACUGUUACUGUAGCUGCCUAAAUCUCUGCAAAUGAUAAUGGUACAUUGCAAACUCAUGCAAGGGACCAGUAUUUAAGGGUUUUUGGCUUAUGCUUUAUUAAUGUAAACUAAGAGCCAAGAGGGCUGGCGCAAACCCACUCCAAAAUUCCAGAACUUUUACUUUUACUAUUUUUUAUAAGGAUUAAAG